AUGUCUGGCGCUGAGAAGGAAUCAACUUUUACAAGCUCAGGAAGCUCGCAAUAUCAGAAAAUGAAUUUCGAUGAUGUCACUGUCGAGCAUAAUUGCAUUUUGUCAGAAGUCGUCAUUCUUGCACUUUUCGGAACAGUAAUUAAUGUUGAUUUUCAUAAUUUCACUCUGGGAAAAUUUAUCAUCUCGUUAUGCGCUAUUGUGGGUGUCACAUACAACAUUUAUCUCUUGGUCGAAAUUCUCAACAUCAUCAAAACCAUUCAAGCACCACGAUCAAAGUAUUACGAAGUUAUAAAUCAACUUGAAGCCUACAUGCAAAAGAAACAGUUUCCCAUGCGUCUUCAGAAUCGUUUAAAAUUUUUCUACGAGAAGAAUUUCAGGAAAUCUUAUUACCGUGAAGAUAAAAUAUUUGAGAUUUUGUCAGAGCCACUUCAACGUGAAAUUAUCAUCAACACGAACCAACUGUUUGUAGAAAAAGUUAAACUCUUUCGAAAUGUAUCAAGAAGUCUUGUCACAAAAAUCGCUGGAAGUUGCAAGUGUGAAAAGUUUCUUCCCAAUGAUUUGAUCGUUAAGGCGGGUUCAGUUGCUGAUUGCAUGUGUUUCAUAGCUUCGGGAACUGUUUGUGUUUCAGCGACAAAUGGAAGGGAGUUGUGGCACUUGGAAGACGGAGAUUACUUUGGAGAAGUUGCAUUAAUUCUGAGAAACAACCAGCGAGUUGCUAACGUCACAGCCAUUGAAUUUUGUGAGAUUUUUAUUCUCGAUUACGCCAAAUUCAAGAAAUAUGUGACAACUAAUGAGACAAUUAUGCAAAAUUUGACUGAAACUGCAGAUUUACGUUUGAAAUUGAUGCUCCUGGCUGAAGAAGAACAGAGAAAAAGUUUAUCAUGUUGGUUUGCUUUGAAGUAA